AUGGCGAUUCACCCAGAAGCUAGUCGCGUCGUCUCCCAGUUCGACUUCUCUGACGUCGACAUCAACCGCCAUGUCCAGGAAUUCCUGAAGCAGAUGAGCGAGGGAUUGGAAAAGGAUGGAACGAGCUUGAGCCAAAUCCCAACCUAUGUCACCGGCGUGCCCAAUGGCACGGAAAAGGGUUUAUACUUGGCUGUUGACCUAGGAGGCACCAACUUCCGCGUUUGCUCAGUCACCCUUCAUGGCGACACCACUUUUGACUUGACUUUUGACAAAGUGGCCAUUCCCAAGGAGCUCAUGGUUGCCAAGACGGCCUCAGAGCUAUUCUCUUUUCUUGCGAAGCAGGUGGAGGCCUUCCUGCAGAAGCACCACGCGGAGCAUUUUGAGUGCCACCUACAGCGCCGGAAGACUGGCAGCGCACCUGAAGGGUUCAAGGAACAGGAGAUUUUCCACCUUGGUUUCACCUUCAGUUUCCCCGUUCAGCAGCUUGCCAUUAACAAGGGCAAUCUGAUGAGAUGGACCAAGGGCUUCGACAUCCCAGAUGCUGUUGGCAAGGACGUCUGUGCCCUCCUCCAGGUUGAGAUUGACAAGCUGGGUCUUCCAGUAAAGGUUGCUGCCCUUGUCAACGACACAGUGGGAACUCUCAUGGCCCGUUCAUACACCUCGACCGGAAAGUACCGCUCUAUCCUCGGUGCAAUCUUCGGCACAGGCACCAAUGGUGCUUACAUUGAGAAGACCUCAAACAUCAAGAAGAAGAUUGUGGGAGAUUACGAUACGUCUACAGGUGAGAUGGUCAUCAACGCAGAAUGGGGCUCCUUUGACAAUCAGCUCAACGUCUUGCCCAACACCCCCUGGGACCAAACUCUUGAUAGAGACAGCGUCAACCCCGGGAUUCAGAUGUUUGAGAAACGUGUUUCGGGUAUGUUCCUGGGCGAGAUUGUUCGGCUCGCCGUGGUCGACUUAAUCAAGGAUGAGAAGACGCUUCUUUUCAAGAACCCAGACGUCGCCGCUGCCGGAGGUUCCAUCCUCGAACAAUGGGGCCUUGACAGUGCCGUUAUGUCGACUGCCGCCAAAGACGAUUCCGCUGACCUAUCCAACCUCAAACAAGAGUUGAGCAUCUUACUGAAUGGCUUUGUCCCUACUACUGAGGAUGCACAGACCUUCAAGGCUGUGUCAUACGCGGUGGGACGCAGAGCUGCCAGACUAUCUGCUGUAGCCCUUGGUGCCAUUGCUCUUCAGUCCGGCAAGGUACAGGAUCCCAAGGAAGAAGUCAUUGAUAUCGGUGUCGAUGGCAGUCUUGUCGAACAUUACCCUCAGUUCCGUGAAAUGAUCUACGAGGCCUUGGAGUCUAUCAAAGAGAUCGGCCCUGAGGGUGCUAAGAAGAUCCGCAUUGGUAUUGCCAAGGAUGGAAGUGGUGUUGGUGCUGCAUUGAUUGCCCUCAUUGCCGACAGGUCAUCCAAGACCAACCAGGCCGUUGCAAACGAGAAGAUCAAGAAGGAAUUGGAGUCAAUUCCUACUGAA